AUGAGAUACAAGCGGGUGCUGGCGUUGGCUACGGCCCUGGCCCUGACGGGGGCAUUCAUAUCGAUGGUCGUGCUGGGUAAGGACUUGUCAUGGCUCGACAGAAAGGCCGGCAAAAGCAGAAUCAAAACCUACAUCUUGACCACAACAUGCGAGCGUGAAUGUGGCCAUCUCACCGACUGGAUUCGAGAGGGCACAUUUAUGCUGGACUCAGACGCGCCGCAAGUCGCCCCGCAGUGCAAGGCUCAUACGCGGUGGGAUUACAAGCUGGUUCCUCCUCCCGAGGGGUUCACAAACCCAGGGCCUCCUCCCAAGAUUAAGUACCGACCUGCUGAGAAUGACGAGGAACGGGAGAUUCUCAAAAAGAACCCCGAGUACAAGUUCCGAACACCGGAAAUGUUCAAAUGGAUGGAAUGGAUCGAAAACAAGUACCGAAACAAGUACGCCCAGACGCUGCGAGACUGCUCCAACGGCUCCCACGAACUGUGCAUGCUGCUGGAAGACGAUAUUGUCUUCAUCAACAAGCGCGACAUGAUGCUCUACAGACUCGCCUUGCACACCAUGGCCAAAUACUCAGGGCCAGAGGUAUCUUGGGACUGUGCCAAGAGGGGUAACGGUUGGGAGGAGCGUGAUAUUGACGGAAACAAGAGCCAGUGUCGAAUCAUCCAUAGAGACUAUGCUGGAUGUCUCGCUGACUUCUUGGAGACGUCUGGUCGCCCUGCAGAUGUUGCUCUGGCUGAGGGAAUGAAGCAUUGCAAGAUGAAACAAAAGUGGUUCUUGUUAGUACAGCAUACUGGACGUAAGAGUGGGAUGGGUCAUGCUCAGUGA